CGGGCCGAGGAGGUGCACCCAAAGGACUCACUAUGGCUUUGAUUAGGAGGGGUCUGUAUCUGGUUCUGGUCUCAGUCCUUGGGCUCAUAUGGAACACUGCAGUGAUUGCCUUUCCUUGUGACAAGAUGUUUACUUCUCCAUCUCCCCCUGCAACAGUGGACCGUGUGCGGCCCUCAGAUGUGUCUGUGCUCUCCUCUGUCAGUCUGGACUCACACAGUCCAGAGCUCUCCAGUGUCUUAUCAAAACUCCAAGAGCUGAUGAGUUUGUUCAGUCCGUCUCUGCUUGGUCCCUUCUCCGAUCCCCCCAGCUUCCUCUCUCCUCCACUCUUAUCCGAAAGUUCACUGAUGGAGCAGGCAGAGGAACUGUCUCGCCAGCUCCAGGACAAACAGGAUUCCUGGAAACUAGUGCUGUUCUUUAUUCAAAUGGAUCAGCUCUGUGCAUGUGAGCAGGAACAGGCCUUGUCUGCAGUUGAUGAAACAAUCAGAAAGGUGGAUGAAGCUUUACAGUUCCUCCAAUCGCAGUUAAAGAAGACCAUCGUCAGUGUUGCACUGUGGGAUGAAGAACAAGUUAGUCUCCAAAACAGGAACUGUUUUUGUUCCGGGUCUGUCAGGGAGGGAGAGGCCAGACUUGUGAGAGCGAUGCAGACAUUUGCGUUGCAGAAAUCACUUGGUGAGCUGUUGGAGAGGAAGAGUUGGUUUCAAAAAAGCACAGAGGACUUCACUGUGGUUCUCCAGGAUUCACCGCUGAUGAGAGAGACUCCAGCUAGCAGUCCGUCUUAUACUGAUUCAUACUACACAGAUAAGCUGCUGGUUCAAAUGUGGAUACAAGUGCUACAGCCUCCAGUUGACGAAGCAAAACAAGGGGACAUCGCUCUGCCCUGCCCCUCUGAGCUCCGGCCCUUUUUGAGGACGUCGUCAAACUCCUAUUUAAAGGAAAACAAUGAUAUGUUGCUGCUAAUUGAACCAGUUUCAGGGACAGAGAUGCCAUGUGUGGACUUGAACCCCUCGCCUUCAAUACCAAACUCAGUGCAUGAGCUGAGACCUGGAGAUGUUAAAGUGGUGGCUGCCAUGGGAGACUCUCUCACAGCAGGUAAUGGCGUUGGAUCAAAUCCAAACAACCUUUUGGACGUCCUGACCCAGUACAGAGGCCUGUCCUGGAGCAUUGGAGGAGAUGACAACCUGACCAGUGUCACCACUUUGCCCAACAUCUUGAAGCACUUUAACCCUAAUGUGACGGGGUUCUCUCUGGGCACAGGCAAACAGACCAGUCCUCAGGCUGCUCUGAACCAGGCUGUGGGUGGAGCCACAAGCCAGAGUUUGCUGACACAAGCCCAAGCUCUGGUGAAACGCAUGAAGAACGACUCGAAAAUAAAUUUUGCGGAGGAUUGGAAGGUGAUCACUAUUUUUAUUGGGGGAAAUGAUCUGUGCGACUUCUGCAAAAAUUCUCUGUUGUAUUCUGUGGAAACGUACAUUAAAAACGUGCGAGAAACCCUGGAUUACUUGCACAAAGAGGUUCCUCGUGCUAUGGUGAACCUAGUGGAGCCUCUUCACAUCACACCACUCAGAGAAAUGCACUUAGACACAUCACUCAAAUGUCCGACGUGGCUCGUAAAUAUCCUUUGCCCCUGUGUGAUCAUGCCUAAAGACAACUCUGCAGCGAUGCAGCAGCUGGAGACUCUUAACAGAAACUAUCAGACUGCACUGCAUGAGCUGGUGGAGACCGGCCGCUAUGACACCCACUCAAACUUCACUGUGGUGGUGCAGCCGUUCUUCAGGGAAAUAGUUGUCCCCAGACUGCCUGAUGGACGCCCAGACCGUUCAUACUUUAGUCCCGACUGUUUCCACUUAAGUCAGAAAGCCCACAAGCUGAUGGCCCGGUCUCUGUGGAACAACAUGCUGGAGCCACUGGGCAAUAAAACCAGCAAACAGGAUUUCAUGACAGAAAUAAAACUUAAUUGUCCAACAAAGACAUCACCAUACAUCAGAACAUACAACAACAGUGACUACAUUUACCCAGGCCCCCCUCCAACCCCCAGCCCUAUUACUAACUGGGGCAGUGACUUCUCGUGUGUGGACCUUGCUCCAUCUAACCCUGUGCCCACAUCAGUUCACAAACUCCGACCGGCAGACAUCAAGGUGGUAGCGGCGCUUGGAGAUUCUGCCACAGCUGGAGUCGCUGCUAAGGCCAAUAACUUGUUUGAACUGAGUAAACAAUACAGAGGAGUGUCAUGGAGCAUCGGAGGAGACGCAAGUUUAGAGACUGUGACCACAUUACCAAACAUUUUAAAGAAGUUCAACCCCAAACUUGUGGGUUUCUCAGUCGGUCAGCUGGCUUUCAGAAAAGGAUUCAACAUGGCCGAACCUGGAGCUCGGUCCUUAGACAUUCAAACACAAGUAGAAGCUCUGAUUAAGGCCCUCAAGAACAACAAGGAGGUGAAUUUUGAACAAGACUGGAAACUGGUUACAAUAUACGUUGGCGAAAUGGACCUUUGUAACUACUGCUUUGACCAAUACAACCUCACAGCCAAACAAUUCAGCAAAAACCUACAGAAAAGUUUGGACAUGCUUCAUCAAAGUGUACCUCGUGUGUUGGUUAAUGUUGCCCAAGUUUUGCAAAUAGAUCCCUUGAAAACAGUUCAGAGAAACACAAUUGGCUGUUCCCUGCUACAGAGGACACAUUGUCCUUGUGUCGUGAACCCAUCCACAAACUCCCCGGAAAUAGAAGUGAUAAAACGGAUAAAUCAUGAAUAUCAGGUCGAACUUGAGUUUCUACUCUCUAGUGAUCAAUAUGACGGGAAAGAAGACUUUGCUGUGGUCCUUCAGCCUUUUUUGCACAAUUACUUUCUCCCAUACAUUGGAGAGGGAGAGGUGGACACCAGUUUCUAUUCCUUGGACUGUUUCCACCUCAGUGAGCGGGCACAGGCUGAGAUGGCCAUAGCUCUGUGGAAUAAUAUGUUGGAGCCAGUAGGAAGGAAGACAGCCUUUAACAACUACACAUACGAUCGCUCCAAGAUCCACUGUCCCUCGCAGACCCACCCCUUCAUCUUCACCAAAAUGAACAGUUUACCAGAGCUUCCUGCAACUACCCCUCCUGCUACCACUCCCACAGUUUCCACAGCCCCCACCCCUCCUGUGACGGGACACGAGCCGCUGUGCCCCCCCAAUGUGCCUGUGUGGGUCCCAGUACUGGCCGCCGUAGGGAGUCUGCUGGCAGGGUUUGCGGUUGCCUGGGUAGUUUGUUCAUGUAUAAAGAAAAACAGAAGUGUGAAUAUGAAAGGAACCAGCUUUUAAAUAUCGGUCACAAUAGGAAAACAGCAAAAUGUUCCCUGAUAGUUUGUAUUUAUAAAAAAAAUAUAUACUGUUUUAUAUGUUUGUCAUGAUAUAUCUGUAUUUAUUGACAAAAAUACAUAAAAAAUACCUUUCA